CUUUCUCAAUCGGUUGCUGGUCUUGCUGUUGCUUUUCAAGAAUAUAAAAUAAUCUUCCCUCCAAAACGUAAGGAGAAGGAAGUGGCUGCCUGAGGGAGGACUCAGUUCUUCACCAGGAUGUCAAAGGCUGCAGCGGCAAAAAAAGCUGCCCCACCCCCAGGAUGCACCAUCGACAUCAACGAUCCCAAAGUUCAAGACGCCGCCAUUAAAAUUCAGGCCUCGUAUCGAGGGCACAGGUCUCGUAAGGAGCUGAGGGAAAAGGGCCCUCCGAGGAUCCUGAAGGAAUUGAAGGAUGUGGUGUUGAUCGAGGGCAGUGCAGCGAAGCUGGACUGCAGGGUCAGUGCCUUCCCUGACCCUCUCAUUCGCUGGUUUAAGGACGGUCAGGAGCUGAAGGAUGGGCCCAAAUACCGCUAUGUGUUUGAGGACCCUGAUGUGGUAGCGUUGGUGGUUAGGGACGGGACUCUGUCUGAUCUAGGAAAAUACACCAUCUCAAUCAGCAACACCUUCGGAGAAGCCUUUGAUUCCGCAAAGAUCAUCAUCGAAGUCCCAGGGAAGAUUCAGAAGGGUCCGGACAGCGUGAAAGUGAAAGUGGGGCAAACAGUGAAGCUGGUCGCUCACAUCAGCGGUGAGCCUGAGCCUGACGUUGGAUGGGCCAAGGAUGGCGAGGACGUGGAAGAGGAUGACAGAUUGUUUUAUGAUAUUGGUGAAGACACCACCACACUGACGAUCAAAAAUGCCACAAAAGCAGAUGCUGGGAAGUACGAAGUCUUCGUAGAGAACAGUCUGGGAAUGGACCAGUCGUUUGCCAGAGUUGAUGUCAUCUGAUUUCUCUCAACUCGCCAUCUCUUUCCCUCCCUGUCGGUUGCUCUCCCUGUCUCUCUCACACUUUCUCCAUCUCCCAAACACUGUUUUGAUGGUCUGGGAGCGUCUACUACCCCGACUAUCCCAAUACAGCCGUCACUCCCUCUGGCUCAUACUGAGAGGCAGCCGAAGGUUAGUGACCUACCCUCAGGGAUCACAGACGGUUGGUGCUAGUACUCCAUUCCUCACCACUGACCCACUCAAUGGGAUGAAACCGCUUUUGUUUAAAAUAAAUAUUUGAG